CGGGUUUUUAGAGAUGACAGCCAAUCACGUGUCACGUUUGUUAAACGCGACUUAGUAUUAGUCGCAUCCGGGUGAGCACUGUGAGGUCCGCUCAGGUUGUUACUUUGAGGCUCUUGGUCUUCAGGAUGUACGGAUCCCUUCGGGUGCUGCUGCAGGUGCUCUCGGCCCAGCUGCUCUGUGUGUGGGUGCUGGGCUCCGAGCUAACUUUUGAGCUGCCUGACAACGCAAAGCAAUGUUUCUACGAGGACAUCAUCAUCGGCACAAAGUGUACACUGGAGUUUCAGGUGGUGACAGGUGGCCAUUAUGAUGUAGACUGCCGUUUAGAGGACCCAGAAGGCACGACACUUUACAAGGAGAUGAAGAAGCAAUAUGACAGCUUUACCUUCACAGCAGCCAAGAAUGGGACCUACAAGUUCUGCUUCAGUAAUGAGUUCUCCACCUUCACACACAAGACGGUUUACUUUGACUUCCAGGUUGGCGAUGACCCUCCACUCUUCCCCAAUGAAAACCGGGUCACUGCUCUCACUCAGAUGGAAUCAGCUUGUGUGUCCAUCCAUGAAGCCCUGAAGUCGGUCAUUGACUACCAGACUCACUUCCGCCUCAGAGAAGCUCAGGGACGCAGUCGCGCGGAGGACCUCAACACUCGUGUUGCGUUCUGGUCCAUCGGAGAGGCCAUUAUUCUUCUUGUGGUCAGCAUCAGUCAGGUGGUUCUGCUGCGAAGCUUCUUCUCUGACAAGAAAACCACUACAACACGUGUUGGAUCCUAACAGUCUCUGAGCCCAAGGAUGUGAUUCUUCAUUUUCUUUAUCCGUACCUAGACUCGUGUGCAUAGAGUGGGUUAGAAUAUUAGUGCUGGUCUACAAUUGGAUCAUAUCAAACUGCCAGGUCGUACAAUCUGACAUUUCAUCCUCAUUCAGCACUGGUAUUCUUACAAACUUUAUGCAAAUGAGAGUUGAGCUAAAAGGUUAUGUAUGGUUAAAAUGUUUUUUGAUGUGUAAAAGACAGAGCCUAAAGAAAAGCAUUCUUGUGUUGCUUGUAACUAUCUGUAUUGGAGGCAGUUCGGGGUCAUGUCGUUCUGGCAAACCUAAAUACUUUAAAUAUUUGAAAUAAUUUCUAAAUUUGUUUUUUCUAUUUUUAUUUUAUGCCCCUGUCAUCUCAAACCCCCUCUCUGAAAUCUGUUCCAUUUUCUGCCCAAACUGCACUGAAAUAUCUAGGAGAGUAGAAUUUGUCACUAAAUGUUCUCACAAUGUAAGGUUUGUAGUUUUGUUUAUUUCCUUACAUGCGGAGUAUUUUGGUCUCUAAAAACACACUGGCAAGGAAAAUAGUGUUGCCCCAAAAAAGUUUGCAUUUGGUUAUGAAAAGUAUGUUUUUUUUUCUUUUAUUAAACAUCACUGUAUUAAGUGAGAAAGAGUA